ACUUGGUCCUGCGUCUGCAUUGGUCUGCUUAGUUAUCCAUCUACUAAUGCUUACUAAGAUUCCGUUCCUGCUUAUGCUUACUAUGAAUCUGUUAUCUUUGUGUAACCUUGUCUGAUCAGAAGCAGUUUCCCUUAACAUUUGCUGAACCCAGAUGGAGGAGUCAUCGUUCUUUGACCGGAUGAUCAGUCGCCUCUGCGCUUCGAGCAAGUAUUACAUUGGUUACCCAAAGGACUUUGGGCCCUCACGAGUUAUUCACUUCACAUCAGAGCGAGAGUUUGUGCAGCUCCUGCAUGAAGGUCGUCCCAUGGUUGUUGCAUUUACUCUCAGGUGUGCCUAUACAAGGCAUCUCGAUAAAGUACUAGAGGAAGCUGCGGCUGAGUUUUAUCCCCAUAUAAAAUUUAUGCGUGUUGAAUGUCCAAAAUAUCCUGGAUUCUGUAUAACACGACAGCGGAAAGACUAUCCCUUCAUUGAAAUAUUUUACAGCCCAGAACAAGCUGUGAACCAAGGGAGGGUUGUUGAUCCUAGUAUAACAAAAUACUCAGUCAAGGUCUUGCCUUUCAAUUAUGAUGCCAGUGCAUAUGGGUUUAGGGAGUUCUUCAAGCGACAUGGGAUACACUUGUCGACUCCAAAAGACUAAGAAUUGAGAUCAUUCACAAUGUUUUGUUUGAUGGAAGGAUCCUUUCCAAAGACUGGCUUUCUUGGAGUGAUGAAGAUCCAAUCUAGAAAGUCCUGAAAUAACCUUUCUUAGCCUGCAAAUGUUGAUUUGCUGCCAUCAGAAAAACAGCUUGGUUCUGCUCCUGAAUAUUUGAUGUGUAAAGAGUUGUAGCAUCCAUCCAGAAGUUUGUUAAGCUUUGUUCA